CUAUAAACUAAUUAUUUCCCAUCUAAACACGCCUUUGCGCGGAUCCCGCCGCCGCAGGUUUCGUACGCUUUUUGCGAGUCUGUCCGUCCGUAAUGAACGACACGAGACGCAAUACGCCCCUUGGACUUGGGUACGGGUCAAAACCCGAGUUGCCAAGACGUGGUGAGUGCCCAGGCAAGAAAGUUAAGUGAGCUCCGAGUGCAUCGUCGCAAACACAUCUCGACGUAUCAAGUUAGUGACGGAUGACGUAAACCGCGUGCACUGUGCACUGUGCGCUAUGCAUACGAUCACGGUGUGUCGGUGCUCACUGCUCGUUGCAGGCGGUCACGCAAAUACGUAUCGCCUGUUCGACCGUACAACGGAAGGCGUAGGAUAAAAAAUAACCAGAAACAAUAAAAAAAAAAAUCGUAAUCCGCUAUGAGACUACGACACGGUCACAAGAAACCGGAGCAGAAACACGGUAAUGGAUCGCGCCGGCCGUGGCAGCACUGCGGCGAGCUUCGAACAAACACAUUGUACUCUUCGGUACCGACCACCAGUUAUUAAACAUUUCGCCGCCGAACUCGCCGGUACGCCGAUUCACACGUCCCGACGUACGCCGUGCGCAAUCACCCACCGCCGCCGCCGCUGCUGCUCUUCACCACAACUACCGCCGCUCUUCACCGCCACGGACACACCACCCCACUCCAGUCGGCCCACCAGUGUGUCCCUCCUACCCCCACCGCCGCAGCUCAUCAUCGCCACCGCAAGCACUGUCGUACGCUAAAAAUGGCGUCCACCGCCGUCUGAUCGUCGUUGUCGCCGCCGCCACUGACGUCGCACCACGCAGCCUCAUUCAUGUUGCUUAUAAUGGCGACUAAAACUGAAGUUGAGAAUGAAACAAUUGAAAAACCGCUUGAAAAUCAAGAUUUGAAUGCAGUUUGUACAAAUUUACAGUUUUGUGAUGAUAAAAUUAAACUAUACCCAACAAGAAAACGAUGUGUCAGCACAUCAAUUCUUAUAAGCGCAUCGCCAAAGAAAAAAAAAAAAGAAGAUCAAAAUAUAAUACCACCUAAAAAGUUUUUGCUUGGUGGUAGCAUGUCUGAUCCCCUCAAUUUAAAUAGUCUCCAGAAUGAAGAUAUUAAUAAGGCUAUGAAUAAAACUCCAAAAUCUUCUCCCCUACACUCAAAUACAGUGAACAUAAAAAAAGAUCAAGUGAAUGUUAUAAUUCCUCGAAAUUUAUCUGAUCCAUUGGAACUUAGCAAGUGCGAUGAAGCUAAAGCAAUUGCAUGUUCUGGUGUAGAUUCAUUAAAACCAAAAACUCCGUAUCCUAAUUAUUAUUUAUUAAUAGCAAUUUUUAAAUUUGUUUUGUUUAGUUUUAAACCAGAAUGUAAUAAAGAAAAGAAAAGAGAAGUAGAAGAAGAAAUUAUUUCUUCGCCACCUAAUAAAAAGCUCAAAACUGAAUUGCUUGAAAACUGUAUGUCCGAGUCUGAGAAUAAUAAAGUAUCAUGUGAAAUAAUUGAAGUUGUAGAAACUAUCAUAGAUGUAUUAGUGCAAGAAGUUCUAGUGUCGUUAGAUGAAUGUAAUAUUCCAAUUUCAAAAGCUCCUGUUGAAGUGGUUGUUGAAAAGAUACUCGAGCCAUGCAAAACACUGUCACCAUCUCCUGAAAAAAAAGUUGACGACGGUAAGGAAACACAAGAGCAGCGCGAAAAAAUAAAGCCCAAAAGAUGUGUAGUAAGUCCGGUUGUUAUGCAGCCUUCACUGUCGGAGAAACACAGCGUACAUCAGCAGGUCGUUGUUACGACAGCUAAACCAAAACAAAAGGUUAAUAAAAAGUUCAAAGAAAAAAAUGCAUUGUUUAAAUAUGGAAAUUAUACGAGAUAUUACGGGUAUCGUAAUCCAGAUGAUGAAGACAAUAGACUGAAAGUCUUAGCUGAACGCACGGAUUUAUUUUAUGGCAAGGACGUGUUGGACAUUGGCUGUAAUAUCGGUCAUGUUACUUUCAGCGUUGCCAGAGAUUUUGGUGCCAAGUCAGUUGUAGGAAUGGAUAUUGAUCGUAAACUAAUAAAUAUAGCACGCAAAAAUGUACAGUAUUACAUUAACGAUACAGCGCAGUCUUCCUCAUACCUUUCAUCAAAUUACCAUUUUAAAGAUUUUGCUCCAAGAAAUCGUAAUGAUUCAAACAGUGAUAUAAUCGAAUCAUUUCCUAUAUCAUUACCUAUGCUGUAUGGUCCUAUUAAUUUAGCUGGCUUGACACUAUCUGGACGAUUUCCCUACAAUGUCUCUUUUGUGCAGGGAAAUUAUGUAUUAGAAUCUGAUCUUUUACUUUCAUUGGAAACGUGUAAGUUUGACGUUAUUCUCUGUUUAAGCAUUACUAAAUGGCUUCACUUGAACUGGGGUGAUGACGGUUUGAAACGAGCAUUUAAACGCAUGUUUGCACAGUUACGACCUGGUGGAAUACUUGUGGUGGAGCCCCAGCCUUGGAAAUCUUAUAGUCGCAGGAAAACAUUGACGGAAACUAUUUGGCGAAAUUACAAAAACAUUCUGCUGAAACCUCCAAUGUUUACAGAUUAUCUGUUAAACGAAGUUGGUUUUGCCAACUGUGAAACUCUUACUAUGCCUCAUAAUCCAUCUAAAGGAUUUCAGCGCCCGCUCAAGUUAUUUAGAAAACCUAACAUAUUAGUAAAUAGAAACAAACCAAAGUCGACGAUAGUUCAACCAAAUGAAACCCAAAAAUUAUAAACAUGGUAUUGAAAUACUCACUGAAUUUGUUUAAGGCAAUAUUGUAGUCUUAAAUAUUUAUGUUAUUGUUCUUAGCACUGUAAUUUAGCAACUGGACCACGUGUAUAUUGACUUUUAUUACCAAAUUGUUAUUUAAUAUUUUUCGUGACUCAUAACUUGAAUACAUAGUAUAAAUUUUAUUCAUUGUACAAUUUGUGAGAUGAAUAAAUAUUUUUUUAUUGUUGAAAAUAUAUUGACUGCAAUAUUUUU